UGUGCCAUAAAUACAUUUAGCUCAUUUAAACUGCUGUGUCUGAUCUCUCUGCAGAUGAAAAGAGGAGGUCAAUUGCAGAUUUCAGAGACAGCUCCUUCGUCCAAACCAAGGAAACACUGUGUGUCUCUGUCAAAGCUAUGUCCGCUCUCUAUCUGUCAAAGGUGGUACCUCAGGAUUCAACACACAGCUUGUUAAAACCGGCACAAGGUCAGUCAUCUGAAAUUGGGAAAAGAGUCAAACUAACCAAGAUGGCUGAAGACUCCCAAGAAAGGACAGAUGACCUCCCUCCACCUCCUUCAGCCAGAAAUCAGCCAAGGGCAGAAGUCAUCUCUGGGGCACAUUUGCCACAGUCCAUGCCGGCCCAACCCUCCAAAGAAAAGCUAUAUCAACAGCGACAGAAAUGUGAGCUGAGAAGACUCCUGAAACAUACUCACCCAGAGCUGAAGAUGUUGGAUGAAGUUGUGGAUGAGGAGCUUGCUGAGGUUUUAGGCUCAGAGACUGAGGUGACAGCUGAUGAAACUGGAUACGAGGGAGAGGUUCUUUCAAGACGAUUGAUAUUUGAGAACUGUGCUCAGAGUAACAAAGUAUCCCCUUACAUCCCAAAGAUCAACAAGGCAGAGGGAACAGUGGGAAGAGGCAAUGUCGGUAAAACAUCAGCUGUAUUUGAGGAACAUGAAGGGAAACCAUGUAAAGAAAGUGAUAAAGCGAUCAUGCAGGAUGACAAAGAGCUUGAGUGUAGUCCAGAUCUUAACAGAGAGUGUGACGAGGAGGUGUUAAGAAUAGAUGUUCGGGCUACCAGACGGAUAUUUGAGAGUCAAUCUGUGAACACAUCCACACCAAAUCCAGAUAAGAAGUUCCAGGAGAAAGUUUCUAUUUCCGGGGAUGAGACAGGGGCAGUCCAAAAACAAAAACAGGAAAUACACAGCGAAAACAAAAGCAAAGCAUCUACCAAAAGUCUUGAUUUGAUGAAUCAGCCCAAGAAACAAGGCCCAUGUGUCCAUACCAUUGGUCAAAACACUGAGCAAGACUUGUUUGAUAGGGAAGAGGUUUCUACUGAUGAUGCAGUCUUUGAGGGUGAGCUUUCUAGUCUUUCUGAUCCAGAAGAAUUGGGGGAAAUAAUCAAAACGAGUGCAGCUCUUUUCCAAAACAACCCAUUUAUCCCAACAAACAUAGAAAAGGAGCUUUCCUUUGUGCAUACAUCACAAUCCCAAAGCUCAGCAGGAGACAUUGGUGUAGCUCAGGACUAUCCAGUAGAUAAUGUCAAAAACAGAGCCCACUUGUUUGAAUCAAUGCCAUUUGACAAAAUCAGGCAACAGAACAAGGACGAAAUUGAGACGAUGGUGGAGAACAUCAAGGAAACACUGAAUUCCCUUUAUCGGGUUAAUGCCAUACAUUCAGAUGGUUCAAUCAUUGAGGUAAAUGAGACAAUGAUAGCUAAAAGGGCCAAAUUCAUACUAUCAGAGAGUGGGCCUCAGAUAAACUACAAUGAGGUGGCUGAAGGCGGUGCACAAAACUUCAUAGUCCAUUUACUUCCACGGGCAAACCUUAAGUCUAAGAUCACAUACCUUAAGGAAAGUAGUAAAGGAAGCGUGGAGGCCACAGUGGUGAAUGUACCCAUGCACCAAGCGGUGAAUGUACCCAUGCACCAACAGCCUUUCACUACCAACCAAGACUUCAAAACCGCCAAUGUGGUUCAGCUUGUUGAGGAUAUUCUCAAUCAAGAUAACUCUUUGCGGAAAGGCGUGAUUAUCCAGGAAGAUGCGGACAAAUGUGCCGAAGUCCUUGUUUACUCCCUCUACAAUUAUUUUGAUGAGGAAGAUGUGAAAAGUUACAGUCCUCCACAAGACAUAGAAUGUGAGUAUGAACCAUGGCAAGAAGGACAUGAAGUGCGUAAAACAGACACUCAAGAACUAAGAAAAGGCGUUAUUGAAUCAACCAUAAGCAGCCUUCUAGAAACACCCAAAGAUCAAACCUGCCAAGGAUCAAUCAGGCCUGAAAUCAUGGAAAAAGGUAAUGUCAAACUAUUCAAGAGUUGUAUUGAAAAAGGAGAUUUGGAGUAUUUGAAAACUCUUCAGGUUGAGCCAACAGUGCAAGAAGAAGAACUCCCUUCAAACCAAAAUGUGGCUGGACAAGGAAUAGAGCUUCAUCAUGAACAGGCAAUGGAUCCAGCAGCAGAAAGCAUUUCAGAAUGGAUCCCAGUGGAUGUAAAGAGACUGAAAAACAUGUUCUCUGGAGAUCAAAUACCUGCCCUACCUAAGCAUCAUGUAUGUGAAAGUAGCCAGGCUUCUACAGAAUGUAUUCAUGGGCAAGUAAAGGAUAGCUUUAGGGAGUGUAGUGGCAAAACACAAGAAGAAGUAUGUAACUCUACAGUUGCACCACAGGGAUCAUACCGACAUCUUAAGACACAAGACGAUGGCAGUCUCCACCAGGCUGAAUUAGUCCAGGUGGUUAAUGACAAUGACGAGAUCUCCAACCUCCAAACUGCAAUUCAUAGCCUCCAACAAGCCACAAUUGAGGCAAAGUCUUUGCAUCAGUCAUCACAAGAAAAACAGAAAUUUGUUAUUCAAGAACCUGUUGCGGCAGCUCCAGCAGGUCAAGUCCAACACUCAAAAACAGAGGCAGAAUUACCUCAAGAUAAUGAGAACCAAAAAGAAGACCCUUGGAUGGAGCCAACAUGGGAUGAACACAAAAAAGACACAGAGACUGUCCAAAAACAACACUUUCAAGCUGCCCUGGUGUCAGAAACAACUGCUGCACAGCAAGAGGAUGAGGAAGUUGUUUUUGAGGGUAAACUUCAAGCAGCUUUGGAUGCCCUGGGGAGGUCCAACAUCAAUGUCAGUAGAGGAGAUUUUAGGGCAGCAAUGAUAUACAGAAAUGCGUCCAAACCUCACAAAGAAAGAUCGCAAAAGGUGGAUACAAUGUCUUCUCAAAAGCCCCCUGAGGAGGAGUUUGACCCUGUCACUAAACCUGAAACAACUCAAGCACCACUGAAACAAGAGGUCUCCAAAGAACAAAUAAUUGCAGCGAAUGCAGAGCCCGUUAACCAAAGUGAAACCCCAAAUAAGCCAGUUACAAGUGCGGUCUCAGAGAAAAGCAGAAGUCCUGUAGGUCCAAAACCAGCCAUCCCACCUAAACCUGAGCAUUUGAAAGUCAAACAAAGAGACAUUCAAUCAACCAACACAAAGGCUCCGGAGGUGACCCAAAGCGUGACACCAGAAGAAACUUGUCUUAAACCUUUGCCAGUUGUGGCAAAUAAAGGUACAAAUAAGCAAGGCCUGGUCAAAAUCAACACUGCUUCAGACUCAAUUUCUGAAUCAGUGGAUCAUCAAAGAAAUAAGCUUUUUGAUGAAGCUAUACAAAUGUCUCAGGAAACCGAAGUGAGGCAUCAAGUUCAAGGUUCAGCCGCUCUCUUGGAAAGUGAUAACACAGAUAUGAAUAUCAUAAAGCAACAACAGGAGAUAAAGGCCACAGCAGAAGAGAAAAGCCCCCAGGAUUUACCAAUUAAAGAGAAUAUGAAUGAAACGGAUGAAAGCCAUGUAGAUUUUCAUGAAGCAUGUAAGAAAUUUGGCGGUAAAAAGGUAGUUUCAGCAAAGAAUGCUCCCGUAAAGCCCAAAAGAGUUAAAAUUGCCCAACCUGACAACAAAACCCCUAAACACAUGUCUGGAGAUAACUCCUUAAAUCUUACACAUGUAGUUGAGAAACCGCAACAACCUCUAACUGGUCCAUUGUGCAUUAAUCCAAACACCUGUGGACGUACUACUGACAGCAAAGACAAGCACGAGAAAGAAAUGAAACCAGAGAGCAAAGUUGAGAUGAGGGAAAAGAAAGGACGAACGGAGACAGAAGACGAACGCAGACAGCGCCUGUCCGUUCACAUGGAUGAGAUCAUGAGAGGGAACAUAACGACAGCCAUGGAAAUUUUUGACAACUUGCGAAAGCAGGAGGAACUGCAGAGCAUUCUUACUCGAGUUGAAGAAAUUGAAGAGGACACAAGUGAAGUUGAUGUAAGGUCUCUGAGGCAAGUCUUUGAGAACGUCCCUGACUGGGUUGUCAGCUCUGAGAAGAAGAAACAAAAUAAGGCAAAAGUAGAAAACAAAGAAGUAAAGUUGCCGUUAAGGACAGACAACACUGAGAGCAAGUCUUCAAUGGCACAUGUUUUUGGAGAUCUUGAGCGAGCCAGUGAGGAAAUCAUGAAUCUAAAAGAACAAACUCUAGCCAGACUUGUGGACAUAGAAGAAGCCAUAAAGAAGGCACUUUUUUCAGUCUCUACUUUGAAAUCAGACUCAGAUAUUGCUGGUUUAUCAUGCCUGUUUAAAGAGUCUUUAGGGACAACACAAGAAUCUCCAUCCUCUGGUAGUGUGAGAAAAAUUAGCAUUGGGUCGAGCAAAAUAAAAUCAACGCAGACACAGAAAAGCCCUAUGUCACAGGGAAACACAGCUGCAAGGACUGAAGUUGGCCCUACAAAACAAAGAGCAAGUCCUCCAUCUUCACCUGCUUUCAUCUCCAUCCAGUCAGCUGCUAGAAAGACAGAUAAAACAGAGGUGCUUCCAGCAGAGACCACAAUCUGCCCCACAUGUCAACAAAGCCCAAAGACAGAGGAGAAGUUCCGGACAACUAAAACCCUGACGUGCAACAGUCCUGCUCAAAACAGAAAAAGGGACCCAAGAAAAGGAGGUAACAAACAAUCCUCUGGCAACCCUAAACGAGAAGUCAGUGUUUUCGAAGUGCAGACUGACCAUGAGGGAAACAGUAUCAUGGGCACUAAAACAGUCAAAGAGAACUAUGAGAGGACUGAUACUUUUGGAAACCGGUUUUACUCUUCCAAAACUUCCACGGUUGUCACGUCUGCUCAGCCAGAAACUACAACGACCACAAGUCAGGCAGUGGUCAGUCCGGCUUCACAUCAGGUCACCAAGUACCCCGAAGUUCGGCUACCAAUCAAUCAGAAACCUUAAAUCACUCACAGGCAGGUGCAGAUUGUUAGCUAAAUGUUUUCAUAUAAUUUAUUGCAAAAUUGUUAUGUACAUAUUUGUAUUUGCGGAGAUAUGAAUUAUGUUGAUUAUUAUUGCUUGUUUGUGUAUUUAUAAGAAGAUGGUUUAAGAUUUUCUUGUUGAUGUUUGAGGAUUUAUUCGUAGCUUAUUACUGUUUUUGAAUUGCAUUUAAAAUUAAAUAUACAUUUUUGGUUUUCAUUUA